CCGGGUUCCUGUCAGCCGCCGUCGCCUGCUCCGUGUCUGAGGGAGGCAGAGGGGUAGGGAGGAGGCAGCGAAGAUGGCGGCGGUGGGGAGAGUCGGUUCCUUCAGCUCCUCUUCGUCCGGGCUCGGUUCGGUUGCCGGUUUUUCUUCAUCUUCGUCAGCCACGACCACCAACAACAACGCGGAGCUGCGGGCAGGCAGCGAUGAGGACGAUGGGCAGAAUCUCUGGUCGUGCAUCCUCAGUGAGGUGUCCACGCGGUCCCGCUCUAAGCUACCGUCGGGGAAGAACGUCCUCCUGCUUGGUGAAGAUGGAGCAGGUAAAACUAGCUUAAUAGGAAAAAUUCAAGGAAUAGAGGAAUACAAAAAAGGAAGAGGAAUGGAGUAUUUAUACUUAAAUGUGCAUGAUGAAGAUCGAGAUGACCAAACAAGAUGUAAUGUAUGGAUUUUAGAUGGUGACUUGUAUCACAAAGGUCUUCUUAAAUUUGCAAUGGAAGCAAGCUCUCUAAAGGACACUCUAAUUAUGUUGGUAGUAGACAUGUCUAGGCCUUGGACUGCAUUGGAUUCUUUACAAAAAUGGGCGAGUGUUGUAAGAGAACAUAUUGACAAGUUAAAAAUUCCUCCUGAAGAAAUGAAAGAAAUGGAACAGAAGUUGGUAAGAGACUUCCAGGAAUAUAUAGAACCAGGCGAGGAUUUUCCAGCUUCUCCACAGAGAAGAAACACUUCAUUACAGGAAGACAAAGAUGACAGUGUGAUUUUACCCCUUGGUGCAGAUACACUAACAUGUAACUUAGGCAUUCCAGUAGUAGUUGUUUGUACAAAGUGUGAUGCCAUCAGCAUUCUGGAAAAAGAACAUGACUACAGAGAUGAACACUUUGACUUCAUUCAGUCACAUAUCAGACGGUUUUGCUUACAGUAUGGGGCAGCACUUAUUUACACUUCUGUAAAGGAGAACAAAAACAUUGAUUUAGUGUAUAAAUACAUAGUCCAGAAGUUGUAUGGAUUUCCUUUCAAUGUUCCAGCUGUUGUUGUGGAAAAAGAUGCAGUAUUUAUUCCUUCAGGUUGGGAUAAUGACAAGAAGAUAGGAAUAUUGCACGAGAACUUUCAGACACUAAAAGCAGACGACAGUUUUGAGGAUAUCAUAACAAAACCACCGGUCAGAAAGUUUGUUCAUGAAAAAGAAAUUGUAGCUGAAGAUGACCAAGUGUUUCUUAUGAAGCAGCAGUCGCAGCUGGCGAAACAACCACCUACUGCUGCAGGAAGGCCAGUGGAUGCCUCUCCAAGAGUCCCUGGUGGAUCUCCUAGGACACCAAAUAGAUCCGUAACAUCAAACGUUGCCAGUGUUACACCUAUCCCUACUGGGUCAAAAAAAAUUGAUCCUAAUAUGAAAGCCGGAGCUACUAGUGAAGGAGUCCUGGCCAACUUCUUCAAUAGUCUCCUAAGCAAGAAAACUGGUUCCCCUGGUGGCCCUGGUGGUGUUGGUGGCAGUCCAGGAGGAGGUGGCACUGGAGGUGCUGGCAGCAACUUGACACCAUCGGCAAAAAAGUCAGGUCAGAAGCCAGUUUUAACAGAUGUUCAGGCAGAAUUGGACAGAAUUUCACGAAAACCUGAAAUGGUCUCUCCUACAACACCUACAUCUCCCACAGAAGGUGAAGCAUCUUGAAGACACCAAAUAAAACCAAUUGUUGAGUUUUCUGGGAUAAUUCAAACUUGCCUCUGCCUCUUCCUUCAGUGACUGGAACUAAAGAACUGAAAUACCUUUCCAAACACAGCUGAUGUCUGUCUGUCUUUCAUAUGUGUUGCCCAACUUUACAAAAGGGAGCUGUACAGCUGGGAAACGGUUAUGAUGUCAUGCAGGAGUACUAUCCACAGGGCAAGAAUAGUAACAUGAUUUUCUUCUGGGUUUUGUUGAAAAAUCAGCGUAAUUCUGUAAAAUUGCAAGUAUCUCCACCUAAGUGAUAGGGUCUGCUUAGAGCAGGAAAACCCAUGCACACCACAGGCACUUAAUUUAUGUUGAUUUCCCAUCCUCUUAGGCAAGUUUAAGACUACCUUAAAUAGCUUAACCUCUACAUGAUAGAACAACUACUGGAACAACAACUAUUUUGGAAGAAAAUAAUAACUGCACGAAGCUGUAACAACACCACAUUCCAGUUAUACUUGAACACUUCCUUUGGAGUAUGGCUUAAAAAAAUCUCUUUGAUCUCAAUUGAGAUUUACACUGCAUUCAAAAAACCCACGCAAAAGCUGAUUCAGAUAUAAGACUAAAUUAGUGGCCAGAGGUUUUUUUUUUCUUUGAUUAAUUUCAGACACUGAAUAGCAGAUGUAUAAAGAAAAAGCAGAGGUUAAAUGUACAGAUUAUCAGUAUCCAGAUUUGUCUAUAUAUAUAUAUGGCUCAGCCUUAAUGUCCCCCACUAUGUCUCCCACAUUAGUUAUGGUUAAAAAUUGGUCAUCAAAACUGUAAUCAGUUAAUAAAGUAUUCUCUGCAUUCAAAUUUAACUAA